UUUGCGGUGGACUCGCGCCGACAUUCAGCCGGAACAAUUUGCCACGCGCUUUUCUCCACUGCCUACUCCAAUAUUUUAACUCCGCUGAAAGCAUUUCAGUGAAAACCGGAGCUUUUUGCGCUCUUCUUUUCGCGUCUGUGAUAGGUGUUCUUGUUUUUGUGCUGGGUGAUUAUGCAUUUUUUAAUUAAAUCUUUUUAAGUAUUAUACACAACACUACUUCAAAAACAUCUUGAAAGCGUUGUUCCUGGCUCCGGCUGCGGUGGAAUCGUCCUCUCGAUGAGUGAUAAAUGUGCGUUGUCAUGCUGGUGACAGGAUUAGUGAAGAUCUUUAUAGGCAAGUGCGUGUCGGAAGUAAUGUGGGAAGUGAAAAUUACGAGCAGGAUCUGCCCUGAGUUGCUAAUGGGUCUGACAAAGUGCGUGGGCCGCCGCUAAGGGUGCGAUGUCUUCGCUGUCGCGCGCCCAAAGCUGGCCGCUGCUGUCCGGACCGGCUCCGGUCGACGAUGCUCGACAUACUGCUAAAGCUUCGCAGAUACAAGCCAGAAGAUUCCUAUGUCGCCAUUAUUAUCCCGAGGGAGGAUGGGGAUGGGUGGUAGCUGUUUGUGCAGUGCUGGUACACAUCGUAAACCAUGGUUUUUUGAUAUCAUGCUCGCAACUAGUUGCUCCUGCCGCCUUCAAGUUCCACGUGCAUCCUGUUUAUCCUGCAGGAUGGCUGGGAGCGAUGUCUACGGGAGUAGCGCUGCUUAUUUCGCCCGUCACGAUCGCGUUUUGUCGCAGGAAAUCGACGAGGGUGACGGCUGUCAUGGGUGGCCUUAUUACGGCCCUAGGCUGUCUCUUCACUUCCUUCGCCACCCAGUUUCAUCAGCUGUUUUUCAGUUAUGGAACAGUGGUGGGAAUAGGAGUUGGUAUAACGAGGGACUGUUCAACUCUAAUGGUAGCUCAAUAUUUCAAAAGAAGACGCGAGUUUGUUGAAAUAUUUAUUGUUUCUGGUAGCGGCUUGGGAAUUGCUACCAUGUCCGUCAUUAUUAAAAGCACAAUUGGUGCUCUUGGAUGGAGACUGGGUCUACAAGUAGUUACAGGAGCGAUUUCCGUAACAUUCAUCCUGGGCACCUUCUACAGAUCGGCCUCCUUGUACCAUCCUCAACGUCGCGCAAUCCUGCACAUUAAAAACCAAAAACGCAAGAUCAAAGACAAAAACAAAAUCGAAGACAAAGUGCCGUUUUUCGACUUCUCGACCCUCAAAAGCAAAACCGUCCGAAUUUUACUCAUUUCGACCGGCAUUAGUGCAUUCGGGAUCAACACACCUUUGUUUUACCUGGCCUAUCAAGCCGAGGUCGAGGGUUUGGGCGACUCGACGGUGUUCUUGCAGAUGUACUUGGGGAUGGCGUGGACGGUGGGUUGCGUGGUAUUCAGCACGCUGGUGCUCCACAAUUCCACGGAAUGCAGGAUUGCCAGGCAGUAUUUGUGCCAAACUGCUGUCUUCAUGUGCGGACUGUCCAUUUUGGCUUUUACUGCGGUUAGCGGAAACUAUCAUGCCUAUGUUAUGUUUGCUUGGAUAUAUGGUAUAUUUUGUGGGGGAUACCAUUAUUCCUUAAAAAUGUACACGUACGAAAGAGUAAGGGCAAGAAACUUUGCAAGGACAUGGGGUUUUGUGCAGUGCUCACAAGCCAUUCCAAUAGUAAUCGGAGUUCCUUUUUCAGGAUACAUGAACGAAAAAUGCGGCGACAGAGCCGGCUACUACUUCAGCUCAACCUGCGUGUUAGUUGGAAGUUUAACCUUGUUCCUCAUCGAUCUGCACCGCAGAAAAAUUUCCCGCCACAAGCACACGCGCGAAAACGGCACCCGUCACCUCUGCGUGUCUGAGACUUGCCCGCAAAGAAGGAAACUCUCCUUCUCGCAGGAACCAGAAAACGACGGCGGAGUAACGGCGGGCGCCGCGGCGGCAGCACUUGUUUUGGGCGCCGACAUCGCGCCCAACAACUCCGGCGGCCUAUUGGACAACAUAGUGAUCUCCAACGAUAAGGCGGAGUUGACUUGCAUUUCCGAGGAGGGCAUAGCCGACAUGGACCUUCCCGAUAACUUAUUGGACGAUUUAGAUUACAUAGGAGACUGCAUAACGUCGUGUAACAAAGUAGAAAAUUAUUUAAUGCUUAGCGAAUUCGAGAAUAAUCUUAUAGCGGAAAUGCCUGUGAUAUUGGACAGGAAGGGGAGAAGGUGGUCGUUGGCCAGACCGAAAGUUGCUCAGAACACGGAAGACAAUGCGAUCGACGAGGAGAACGGCUUAACCAAAAACGGCAAGUGGAAGGUGUUUCCGAACCGCGUUAUUACUGUCAUAGAUGAAUCUUCGGUGUAAAACGAUUUCAUAAAUCUGCGUUCGUUCAAUACCGCACACGCGUUUUUAGAGAAUUUUCUUUAGAUAUGUAGAUUAGACUGGGCCAAAAAAUCAACUAUUUUUUUUUGAAAAGUAUAUCGAAAAUAUGGU